AGGACACCUUUAAUUGUGAUUGGACACGUCGUCACCUUUUGCUGAUCUUUGACGAUCUGGAAAAUCGCAUGCAAAUAACGGAUUAAAAAGAGAUCACCAUGGGCCAAUCUGAUAGCAGCUUAGGAUGUCAAGCCGAACUGAAUUUCUGAAUAAAAAUCGAACAAAGGAGUCAAGAGAUCGGAAAGAGCGCUCAAGAAGAACGUCUGGAGGAAUUUUUCACUUGAUGUCGGAUUUUGGCCGGCAGCACGCCAGCAGAUGCGGACCUGCCGCCAGUGGUGUGCAUUAGACACAUGGCUCAUACGCACACAAGCAAUUAAUGCAACAGCAGCUGGCCCUCUGAGAAGGAAAACGAGGGGUGCGCCGGGUGCGCGUGGUUCGUCCCCCACCAGUCCUCGACGGCAGCUGCCGCUUCCUCCGCCGGUCGGUCUGCACGACUCCCAGUGGGCAACUCAGUCAGUCCCCCAGCACGCAGCCGAGUUCACGGUACUGCGCACGGAGGAGUCGUCGUCGGUACGCUUCGUGGAGCUUGACAAAGAGAAACGCAACUGCCGAACUAGUGCGGCUUCUUCAUCGCCACCAUGAGCACCGUCAGUUGCAUCGCCCUCAGGAAGAACCUGCACUCGAACCAGGCCCUCACCAAGGAGUCGAGGAGGGCCCUCGGCUACCAGAAGUCCGGCAACGGCAUGAAGUUCUUCAAGAAGAUCCAGAAGAAGAUCAAAAUCGGUUCCAGUGGUGGCGGACUGGUGACAACCAACAACCUGCCUCCCCUCACCUUACAUUCUGUUCACGGUGACAACGUGCAGGUCUCCUUAAAUGGUGCGAUCGCCCGCCGCGUCGAAAGCUUCUGCAAAGGCAUCUGUUUCACAGCACGUCCGGUCAGCAUCAAUGAAAAGGUCUGUGUGAAAUUCAUUGAAGUGUCUGACAACUGGAGCGGCGUCAUCAGAUUUGGCUUCACUUCAAAUGAUCCCAGCACCCUGAGAGGAAAUUUGCCAAAAUACGCCUGUCCUGAUCUUACAAACAAAGUUGGUUUCUGGGCAAAAGCUCUUGCUGAGCGUUAUGCCGUCAGAGAUUCCAUCCUAUUCUUCUACGUUACCAGCACUGGAGAUGUGCAUUUUGGAGUCGAUGGCGAGGAAAAAGGCAUCUUCUUCACUGGAGUGGAAACCAGGGGACCUCUGUGGGCUCUCCUUGACCUUUACGGCAAUUGCACGGCUGUUGAAAUUAUUGACUCUCGUCAAUUGAGCAACUCGCGCAUCAGCCUACCUUCAUCUUGUCAAGCUGAUACGGCUGUGUCAUGCUCGGAUAGCAUUCACAUGUCCUCUUCCUCCUCCACAUCUAGUGAUAUCGACAGAAUCCUUGCCUCAUCAAUGGCUUCUAUGAGGCUCCAGCAGCAACAAGUAGCGCAGCCCAAGUUGCAAAAGUCUCCCCCUCGCGUUCCAGCGGCAGCUCUAAAUCCACUCGCCUUCCACAAAUUAUGCGGCCGAAACAUGCGGCUCAGCUACAACCAGUGUGUGGCCAGUCGGCUGGACAGUGAGUUCUGCAACGGCUACGUCUUCACUGCCCGCCCUCUCUGCAUCGGAGAAACAAUUGUGAUCAAAGUGCUGGCCACUGAGCCCAUGUACGUUGGCGCCUUGGCCUUUGGGGUCACUUCGUGCGACCCCGGCAUCCUCAAACCUGACUGUCUCCCUGAUGACAGUGACCUUCUGCUCGAUCGGCCCGAGUUCUGGGCCUUGAAGAAGGAUGUCGCCUCUAGUCCUUUGGUUGAUACGGAGCUCGCCUUCCAGCUGCACUCCAAUGGCCAACUUACCCUCAAUGUAAACGGAGGUCCCUCUAGCUCCAUCAUGUACGUCGACCAAUCUCUGGCCCUGUGGGCUUUCUUUGAUGUUUACGGCUCAACUCAGAAAAUCAAACUGCUUGGAUCUCUAGGAAAUCCUGUGGAUCAACCUUGUGACGUAUUGCAACAUUCUCCUGACAUGACUGGAAACAACCUUGCCAACAUGCGGCACAUGCAGGCCACGACUGUCCACACAGCCAUGUCUCCUGUCUCACACGUCUCUCCCAUCUCUCUGGUCGUCAACUUGCCUCCAUGCGGAGUCUUCCAGCAAUACCUGCCUGCUGGCACUACUGUUACUCAAGCUUCAGUCAAUGCCUCUGGAACCCUGCUCUCCAACUAUAGUCAAACUUACAUUGAGCCGGUGCGCACAAGUCCAGUCUACGCCACUUUAGAUUCUGCAACCAACAUUCGCACCCCUGGCACCUCAGGUGCAGGCUGGAACGACGCGAACAAUGUUACCCACAGCGAGUGCAGCAUCUGUUACGAGAGGACAAUUGACUCUGUACUUUACAUGUGUGGUCAUAUGUGCAUGUGUUACGAAUGCGCCAUCCAGCAGUGGAGAGGCAAGGGAGGCGGCCACUGUCCCCUGUGCAGAGCAGUCAUCAGAGACGUCAUUCGGACGUACACCUCGUGAAUUUGCAAUACCUCACAAGUCAUAUAUUCCUAAUCUUGGCAACGCCCUUCACACCAAGGCUUCUGUUCACCAAGUAUUGUUUCUUCGCUCGCCCUGUACCUGAUCUCUUCUCAAUUUUAUUUUACUCACAUAUAUAUUUAUAUUCUUGACUUUACCAAUUCUUUGAAGAGAGCUUGUACAUAUGAUUGUAAUGAAAGGGGAAAUGAGAAUUAAGUUAAUCACUGACCUCCUUUAUAUUUGCCUGCUUUUAUAAUGGCUGUGGCAAAGCUUUUGUGCUUCAAAUUUAAAUUCACAUAAGUGUCGGUAAAUUUUUUUUCUUUGCCACAGGAUUAGUCUACAUUUAAAAUGCAAUAACAGUAUCAAUGACAUGGAAAAAAUCUCAUCACAUUUUUUACUUUUGCACCACAUUUUUAGGAUCUCUAAAUGGAGGGUUAAGUCUCAUGAUAUUUAUCUUUUGAUCUUGGUAUUUUUUGUUUAAUUUUACCUUAUUAAAACUUUGAUGUAGAUAAUUAUAUAAUUCAAAUUACAAUGAAUAAAUAAAUUCAAUUGAU